AAGUGAGACGUUCCUUUAGUGUCACGCCAUUGGGUACCGGUCCUUGUCAAUCACGUGGUGGGUGGGGCCUGUGAGGGGCAGCUGUGGAGAGUCCGGGUGGCGGUGGCGAGUGAGCCGGGCGGAGCCGGCGGUGGAGGUGGCCGAUAAAGCCAACUUGGAGAGAUGGCUGCCAUACGCAAGAAACUCGUCAUUGUAGGAGAUGGAGCUUGUGGAAAGACAUGCCUCCUUAUCGUCUUCAGCAAAGACCAAUUCCCAGAAGUCUACGUCCCCACUGUUUUUGAGAACUACGUUGCUGACAUUGAAGUGGAUGGAAAACAGGUGGAGCUUGCUUUGUGGGAUACAGCUGGCCAAGAGGACUAUGACCGUUUGAGACCUCUUUCUUACCCAGACACAGAUGUCAUCCUCAUGUGUUUUUCCAUCGACAGCCCUGACAGUUUAGAGAACAUCCCUGAGAAAUGGACUCCAGAAGUGAAGCAUUUCUGUCCUAAUGUGCCUAUCAUCCUGGUGGGAAACAAGAAGGAUUUGCGUAAUGAUGAACACACACGGCGGGAGCUGGCCAAGAUGAAGCAGGAACCAGUGAAGCCGGAGGAGGGCCGGGACAUGGCCAACAGGAUUGGUGCAUUUGGCUACCUGGAAUGUUCUGCCAAGACAAAGGAUGGGGUACGGGAAGUGUUUGAGAUGGCCACCCGGGCUGCCCUGCAAGCCAAGCGUGGGCGCAAAAAGACCUCGUGCCAGCUGCUGUAAUUCCUCCCCAGCCUGCCUGCCUUCCCUACCUGCCAGCCAAGCCAGUGAGCUGUUAGUUCCCAGGCUUGCUUCCCCUCUGAUACUGUGCUGAAGGCAGGACUGGCAUGUCUCUUCAGAGGGGGAGCUUGUUAGAGGUGGGCAGGGGUUCUUCUGGAGCAUGGCAACUAACUAUGGAGGUGGGGUUCCCAGUAUGCCCCAAGCUCUUCCCAUCCCUGAGCAGGGGUGGCAUUUUCUCCCUUCCAUUACAGGCUUCUGUCCCUUGCACAGAAGGCUGGAAGGUGUUGGCCCCUGAUGAGUCAGUGGGAGAGCUCUCUAUCCUUCUGCGUGCUUGCUCACUGCAGUCUUUGGCUCUUGUUGGUAGCCCAUGGCACUACAUUGCUUCUGGCAGUUCCUUUAUAGAAUACUUCCUUGCAAGAAUGAAAGCCCUUUGCUUUUAAUCAUGGUCAGAGGUUUGAAUGGGAACUUCCAGCCUAAGUUUCCUCUACCCAACAAGGGACUAAUGAUCUAUAAAAUCUUUAUCUAAUGGGAGUGGUGACAUUUAGUCCUCCAGCACAAUGGGCUAGCAGUCCUCCUUGCACCCAUGCUUUGGUAGUCAAAUCAGUCCCUUAGUUGGCUUUUGGUUCUGUGAUACAGCAGAACCACUUUGGACCAUUUCUUCCUCAAGGGAAACAGAGCCCACUUAAAAGACCACAUAAUUGUGGGCUGGGGGGGGCUGUCUCAACUUUGCCCUUAACCCCACCCCUAAACAAAGUUUUCUUUCAAUUUAAAUAUUUAAUCACCUAGCAGCAGAGGAGGGAGCUUUCUGCCCUUCAGACUGGCCCUGGAGACUAGGCCACACAGCCUGGCCGUCCCUAGCAAAAAAUAUCUAUAUUUGUAAGCAGAGGUGCUAUGGGCCAGUUUGUUGCUGUUAGGCAGCUCUCUGGACCUCCUGUGGCUGGAAUGGCCACUGCCACAGCUCCAAGUGCAAAGGAUUUACUAUCUUGCUUCUGUCUCUCUGCUCCCCUUCACUCCUGCUUCCCUCCCCCUUUGUACUCAUUGCAUUGCCACCGGGGUGUAUGAUUUUUGUGUUUAAUUUGUAUUCACAUGUUUAAAAAGUGGUUGUUACUUUUCAAAAUGUACUUGAAAAACAAAUCUGUAAUAAAUUUGUAGCGAUGUUUAGUA